AUGCAGCCAGUGUCUGAAAUGGAGGUUGCCGCGCCAGAGGGGGAUGUCACAGGGGGGUUGUCCCGAGCCGACUGCCUCUGCCCUGUAUGCCUGGAGAUCUUCCUGGAGCCGGUAACAUUGCCGUGCGGCCACACCUUCUGCAAGCCCUGCUUCCUGGAGACGGUGGACAAGUCCAACCUGUGCUGCCCGCUGUGUCGCAAGCGGGUGUCCACGUGGGCACGGCUCAACGGCCGGAACAAGACGCUAGUCAACGAUGAGCUGUGGCGGCGGGUGCAGGUGGAGUUCCCCAUGCAGUGCCAACGCAGGCUCAGUGGACAGGAGGAGGUUGAAAACAGUUAAGUGACUGACACACUGUCUGUGUUUUCCAUUUAACAUUAAUUUAACAUGAAGUGACUUCCAAAUGGCCUGUGUACUUUAGUACAGCUGUGUUGGGUAUGCUUUGAGGUAAUUACGGGUCCACACAGCACCUUGGAAUCAGACAAAUGUAUUUAUUCUCACUGUUGUGGGUUAAGCAAGGUCUGUUGACCUGCCGUUUCCCUCUGCCUCCAGUAUCUGUCCCCGGACCCAAAGUCAGUCUGCCUGGAGAGGUACGGAGAGAGUACGAGGAUCAAAUCAGCAAGGUGAACUCUUAGGGUACAUUAUACCUAGGGUCCUGAGUUUUUCCUGACCACGUAACGUGACCAGGAAAAACUCUGGGCCAUACUUAUAAUGCAAGUUUACAUUUUACUACACUCUUCAGUCACAAUUGACAUGACCUCUGACCCUUUUCCAGCUAUUAGAGGAGAAGCGUGCCCUGGAGGAGGCAGAGAAGAAAGCAAGUGAGGAGUACAUCCAGUGCCUCCUCGCAGAAGAGAGCCUGGCGGAGGAGAGAAAGAGGCACGAGGAGAAGCAGCUGGAGAAUGACGAGAAGCUGGCCAGACUGCUCUGCCAGGAGCUGGUGGGUUUCCCUCAUUUAUAUAGGCACACAGACCAGUUUCACUUUUUCAUAAGAACAUAGUUUAUUGCUGACAAUAGGCAAAUUGCAGUAUAGUAGCAGAUCAGGUUUACAGGUUGUAUAGGUAAAGUGCUUGGUGCAAUUAGUGUUCUAAUCUUAGAAGCUUGCAUUAGCUUUUCAGGUCAGUGACAUGGGCCAAAUCUGAAACCAAAAACAGAACACAAUGUCAGAAAAACAGCAUAGCCUACAAUGCACGGUUCAAACUUUGAAAUGCAUUUGCUUACAAAUGUUGGGGGUAACGCAGUACAGUAAUAAUAUUACUUUUUGCAGUAACGAGUAAUAUAAUGGAGUACUGUUCCAAUUUGAGUAAUAAUAUUACAUUUACUGAUUAAAUAUAUUUUUUAAAGGUUGUCGUUGCUUUUGUUAUCAUUCCCUUCCUAUUAGUUAUUUAUCCAAAUAAAUAUUUGUAUUUCCCCCUCUGUCCUCGUAAUAUUGAAAAAACACAACUUCCAAUCUCUUGAAGCACCUGCAAAGUCAACAGUAGUGCACUGGGCCUUUACUAGUCCUUUAUUAGCAGACCAAUAUAGCUACUGUAGUACGGGCAAAACAUUUAUUAUCAACAAUAAAGACUGCAAACGUAAUAUCCGCGUAACUCCUGGUAUACAGUGGGGGAAAAAAAGUAUUUAGUCAGCCACCAAUUGUGCAAGUUCUCCCACUUAAAAAGAUGAGAGAGGCCUGUAAUUUUCAUCAUAGGUACACGUCAACUAUGACAGACAAAUUGAGAAAAAAAAUCCAGAAAAUCACAUUGUAGGAUUUUUAAUGAAUUUAUUUGCAAAUUAUGGUGGAAAAUAAGUAUUUGGUCACCUACAAACAAGCAAGAUUUCUGGCUCUCACAUACCUGUAACUUCUUCUUUAAGAGGCUCCUCUGUCCUCCACUCGUUACCUGUAUUAAUGGCACCUGUUUGAACUUGUUAUCAGUAUAAAAGACACCUGUCCACAACCUCAAACAGUCACACUCCAAACUCCACUAUGGCCAAGACCAAAGAGCUGUCAAAGGACACCAGAAACAAAAUUGUAGACCUGCACCAGGCUGGGAAGACUGAAUCUGCAAUAGGUAAGCAGCUUGGUUUGAAGAAAUCAACUGUGGGAGCAAUUAUUAGGAAAUAGAAGACAUACAAGAUCACUGAUAAUCUCCCUCGAUCUGGGGCGCCACGCAAGAUCUCACCCCGUGGGGUCAAAAUGAUCACAAGAACGGUGAGCAAAAAUCCCAGAACCACACGGGGGGACCUAGUGAAUGACCUGCAGAGAGCUGGGACCAAAGUAACAAAGCCUACCAUCAGUAACACACUACGCCGCCAGGGACUCAAAUCCUGCAGUGCCAGACGUGUCCCCCUGCUUAAGCCAGUACAUGUCCAGGCCCAUCUGAAGUUUGCUAGAGUGCAUUUGGAUGAUCCAGAAGAGGAUUGGGAGAAUGUCAUAUGGUCAGAUGAAACCAAAAUAUAACUUUUUGGUAAAAACUCAACUCGACAAAGAAUGCUGAGUUGCAUCCAAAGAACACCAUACCUACUGUGAAGCAUGGGGGUGGAAACAUCAUGCUUUGGGGCUGUUUUUCUGCAAAGGGACCAGGACGACUGAUCCGUGUAAAGGAAAGAAUGAAUGGGGCCAUGUAUCGUGAGAUUUUGUGUGAAAACCUCCUUCCAUCAGCAAGGGCAUUGAAGAUGAAACGUGGCUGGGUCUUUCAGCAUGACAAUGAUCCCAAACACACCGCCCGGGCAACGAGUGGCUUUGUAAGAAGCAUUUCAAGGUCCUGGAGUGGCCUAGCCAGUCUCCAGAUCUCAACCCCAUAGAACAUUUUUGGAGGGAGUUGAAAGUCCGUGUUGCCCAGCGACAGCCCCAAAACAUCACUGCUCUAGAGGAGAUCUGCAUGGAGGAAUGGGCCAAAAUACCAGCAACAGUGUGUGAAAACCUUGUGAAGACUUACAGAAAACGUUUGACCUGUGUCAUUGCCAACAAAGGGUAUAUAACAAAGUAUUGAGAAACUUUUGUUAUUGACCAAAUACUUAUUUUCCACCAUAAUUUGCAAAUAAAUUCAUUAAAAAUCCUACAAUGUGAUUUUCUGGAGAAAAAAAUUAUUCAUAGUUGACGUGUACCUAUGAUGAACAUUACAGGCCUCUCUCAUCUUUUUAAGUGGGAGAACUUGCACAAUUGGUGGCUGACUAAAUACUUUUUUCCCCACUGUAUGCACCCCACACGGAAGGACUCAAAAGGGAUGGUUACAUAUAGACUUCUCUCUUACAUUAGGGAAAGGGAGAUACCUUGUCAGUGGUACAACUGAAUGCAUUCAACUGAAAUGUGUCUAACACAUUUAACCAAACCCCUCUAAAUCAGAGAGGUGCUGGGGGCUAACUUAAUUAACAUCCACCAUUAGACCAUCAAUUAAUGUUCCUUUCCUCAAUUUCUUUAGUAAUUAUUUUAUCAACAAAUGACCUCACAAUUUAUGGAGUCUACGAUAUUGUGAGGGAAUGUAAGACAACCAAUCCGAGAGGAAAAUUAUGAACUUGCGUGUACUGUACAACUUGCUGAAAACGUUAUUUGCAAACCUGUAAAAUGUCCCUUAAUGUCCUCUUCUCAAAAAUGUAUACAAAGGGUGGUUCUAAUCCUGAAUGCUGAUUUGGUUAAAACCGCGUUCUAGUCGGUAUCUAUUCCACAAGUUACCAACAGCUAAAUCUAUGACGUUAAAAUGCCUAUUUACUCUGUUCCAUCUGACUGCGCAAUCCACUGUCUCAUCAGCCCAGCCAGGCACUUUAUAAACUUGAUCUCCACUAUAAAAAGCUUCUAGACAUUAUCUCACAUUUCUUUUAGACUAGCAUUUCAUUUUCAACAGCGGAGAUUUGUAUAAACCUUUGUAUAAACCUCAAUUUUCAAAUUCGAUCUCCAGCUGUCCCAUUGUAAUGAACGUGUCGGGACGAGACAGACAGGCAGGCAGUGUUUCUCAGCCAGUCAAAAUCAUGAAUCACCUGGCAUCAUUUUUAUGGAUAAAUACAAAGAAAUGUCAAUUGAAAAAAGGUAAAACGAAACAAUGUGCAGCUAGUUUGCAGUCUUUCCAGCUUCAGUUUGAAGUAACUGUGUUAGCUGUGUUGUUGGCUAGCUCCUCUGAACAACCGUGUCCUGACGAGAGAGCACAUCUUCUAUGCCAGGCAAAAUUGCGAAUCAUUAGCUCAUUGUUAUGGAUGUAUCCAAAUAAAUGUCACUGGAAAACAGCUUAAACAAAUGCAAAUGCAGCUACUGUAAGUUAGCCUUAGUUGGCUAGCUAGCAUGCAAGGAAUAAGAACGUUGCCAGCCAAUAUGGCAAUGGAACAUUUAGAACGAACGACUGGGUCGCGUCCAUAGAUACAGAACAAAAAGACUGAACGACUGGGUCGUGUCUCUGGCAACCGAACCGAUAGAACAAACGACCAGCCGGCUUGGGUAGCAACCCUAGAUUUGUGUCGGGACUAUAUCUUGUGGAAGGAUUAAAUAUUAUGAAUACAUUCAUCAAAAUAACGUUUUUAAUUAAAAUAUGUCAAUCUUUAUUUGAAUAUGUUGGUAACCCGUAACUUCGUCUCGGGCCUAACAACACCCAUGCUUCUCAGGCAUUAUAUCCUGGUAAGGUAGUUGAUUGCUGUUUUAAAAUAAGGAAAUAUGGGUGGGUGGCACUAUGUAUUGGGAUUGAAUCACUGUAUUAAAACAUUUUUUUCCCUUCUUUUCAGAAUCCAAGACCUAUCUCUGAGUCACAGAAGAACACGUGGACGAAUGACAUCACCCCAGCAAAGAAGAAACAGAACGCCAAUGCUGGAGAUAUAGAGAAGUGAGUCCCCUUCCGUGGUCAGACUUGCACUGUGGUCCAAUUCUCUCCUCUUCUCCCAGAAGUGUGCACUCAUUCACUUGUGUAUUUAAAAAGAUUGGUGGUGUAAGGAAAAUGGUGGAAGUGAACAAGUGCACACUUCUGAGAGAAGGGUAGAGAAUCAAAGUGCAAACCUAAAUAGAAACCUUGCAAAGUGUGGAAGGUGUGCUGAUGGCGCAAACGGGCAGAUAAGUAACUUAAUUAAAUACAGUGCAUUCGGAAAGUAUUCAGACACCUUGACUUUUUCCACAUUUUGUUACGUUACAGACUUAUUCUAAAAUUGAUGGAAUUGUUUUUUUUCCCUCAUUAAUCUACAACCGCAUAAUGACAAAGCAAAAACAGUUUUUUAGAAAUGUUUGCACAUUUAUAAAAAUAAAAAAACGUUCACAUUUACAUAAGUAUUCAGACGCUUUACUCAGUACUUUGUUGAAGCACCUUUGGCAGCGAUUACAGCCUCGAGUCUUCUUUGGUAUGACGCCACAAGCUUGGCACACCUAUAUUUGGGGAGUUUAUCCCAUUCGUCUCUGCAGAUCCUCUAAAGCUCUGUCAGGUUGGAUGGGGAGCGUCGCUGCACAGCUAUUUUCAGGUCUCUCCAGAGAUGUUCGAUCGGGUUCAAGUCCGGGAUCUAGCUGGGCCACUCAAGGACAUUCAGAGACUUGUCCCAAAGCCUUUCCUGCGUUGUCUUGGCUGUGUGCUUAGGGAUGUUGUCCUGCUGGAAGGUGAACCUUCACCCCAGUCUGAGGUCCUGAGUGCUCUGGAGCAGGUUGUCAUCAAGGAUCUCUCUGUUAUUUGCUCCGUUCAUCUUUCCCUCGAUCCUGACUAGUCUCCCAAUCCCUGCUGCUGAAAAACAUCCCCACAGCAUGAUGCUGCCUCCACCAUGCUUCACCGUAGGGAUGGUGCCAGGUUUCCUCCAGACGUGACGCUUGGCAUUCAGGCCAAAUAGUUAAAUCUUGGUUUCAUCAGACCAGAUAAUCUUUCUUAUGGUCUGAGAGUCCUUUAGGUGUCUUUUGGCAAACUCCAAGAAGGCUGUCGUGCCUUUUACUUAGGAGUGGCUUCUGUCUGGCCACUCUACCAUAAAGGCCUGAUUGGUGGAGUGCUGCAGAGAUGGUUGUCCUUCUGGAAGUUUCUCCGAUCUCCACAGAGGAGCUCUGUCAGAGUGACCAUCGGGUUCUUGAUCGCCUCCCUGACCAAGGCCCUUCUCCCCCGAUUGCUCAGUUUGGCCAGCUCUAGGAAGAGUCUUGGUGGUUCCAAACUUCUUCCAUUUAAAAAUGGAGGCCAUUUUGGGGACCUUCAAUGCUGCAGAAAUGUUUUGGUACCCUUCCCCAGAUCUGUGCCUCGACACAAUCCUGUCUCGGAGCUCUACGGACAAUUCCUUCGACCACAUGGCUUGGUUUUUGCUCUGAAUGCACUGUCAACUGUGGGACCUUAUAUAGACAGGUGUGUGCCUUUCCAAAUAAUGUCCAAUCAAUUGAAUUUACCACAGGUGGUCUCCAAUCAAGUUGUAGAAACAGUUUCAAGGAUGAUCAAGGAAAACAGGAUGCACCCGAGCUCAAUUUCGAGUCUCAUAGCAAAGGGUCUGAAUACUUAUGUAAAUAAGGUAUUUCUGUUUUGUUUUUUUAUACAUUUGCAAACAUUUCUAAAAACCAGUUUUUGCUUCGUCAUUAUGGGGUAUUUAAUCUAUUUCAGAAUAAGGCUGUAACGUAACAAAAUGUGGAAAAAUGGAAGGGGUCUGAAUACAUUCCGAAUGCACUGUAUAUUACUGGGGAGUGUUCUGACAAAUAAUUUUGUUUCCAGAUUCUUAUCCCCUAUUCCACGAAGACACGGCAGCAACUCCGAGACUAGUCCCACCUCCAGCUUCAUGGCUAACAAGGUUGGUCUCUGUCACUCAAAUGCUCAUGCAAUCAGCAUUUACUGAAAAACUUGCUUUCUGAAUCCACAUACACCUAACAUGUGACUGAUAAACAUUAUGUAUCUAAAGAGCCUAAACAGACUUUUGCCUUUGGCCAUUGGUCUUGAGCCAAAAGGGGUCCCGUAAAUGGACGGAAAUAUUGUCCAGAAAUGACCUAAUUUGGAAUACCCCUCCCCACACCCAAGCAAAUAGUGUUUGCUUAAAAGGAUUGGUUUUUGUGGUUUUAUGAGGGGGGAGGGGGGGGGGGGGGGGGGGGGGAUAUAUGGCAAAUUGAAAUCCAAUAUGGAUGGUGUUAAGAGAUAGAUGAGAGGUGUUGAAUGGAGCUGAAGGAUGGGACUAAUAACAACUAACAACAACUAAUAACAACGAGAUAACUAAUGUAAAGCAUACUGUGCCCAUAAUAAGUAUAUAGGUUAUAGGUUGAGAGCUUUUGUGAAAGAGCACAGUUAGAAAGAUAUGGCAUAUAGAAGCAAACCGGAUGGACAUCAUGAAAAUGAUCGGAGAGGUUGAGGGUAGAGGAAGUUCAGGAGUAAAAACAAACAAAAAAGAAUAAUUGUAAAAUUGACUGUGUCCAUAAAAUGUAUAUAGUAUGGAUAAGCUGGAAGUAGAGGCCUAAGCAUAGUUGUUUACUAGUUUACUCCAAUUAGGGAAGGGGUGGUGGCGUUGGAAAGUAAUAAAGGGGAAAUGAUAUGUGUAUAUAUAUGUAUGUAUGUAUGUAUGUAUAUGUGUAUAUAUUUGAAUUUAACAAACAAAAAACAAAAGCAAAUAUAUAUAAAAUUAACUUUGAUAUUGUAUCUUUAACUUCUGUUUACUUUUGUGUCCGAUUGAAGGAGAACAUCUUGCACUCGGAGAGGGAGCCUUGGUCUUCCAAAGACUUCUACCCGGAGAGCUGCCAGACGCCGUGUCAGGCCUCAACGUCAUCAGAGGCGUACCAUCUGACCGACCCCUCGGGAACUUCCCUGGCACGCACACCCCUCCACGGCACCCCGAGGAGAGGAGUGACCUCGGCCAAGAGGAAGAGCAGUGACAUUGAGGAGCCAAACAAAGGGGAAGUAGACGUUGUCAGUAAGCGGCUCUGUCCUUCCUCCUCAUCAUCCUUCCUCUAUCUGCAGCGUGGAGAGGUGGUCCUAGUAGGCCUAGGGGAGAAGGCCCCGCUGCUCCAGGAGCUGGCCCAGAGAGAAGAGAUGCUGUUCAGCCGCUUGCAACAGGAGCAGGAGGACCGGCAGCUGGCUUUCCAGCUGCAGAGGCAGCUGAACCGUGAGGAGGCCGUCCUCGCAGUAGACCGCAGCAAGGGCUCCAGUGACCAGUACCAGCUCCGCCAGAAACCUGCCUCCAGUUCUGGCUCCAGGUCAGAGGGGAGUGGUCAUAGCAGGGGGCGCUCACGCUCCUCCACCUCCAAAGAGGACAGGAACACAGUGGAAAGGAGGCGGUUGUCUGGGCCCUCAUCUACCACCAAUCAGGGGGAAAUUAGCUCCACCAUCUCCAGCGCUGCUGCCACACCCUCCAACCCACUGGAGAGGGGGCAGUAA